AUGGUUGGAACUCUUGUGCUUACUCGUCACGGCCAGUCUGAAUGGAACAAGCUGAACCUUUUCACUGGCUGGAAGGACCCGGCCCUCACGGAGCAGGGCGAGGCCGAGGCGCUUAAGGGCGCCGAGGAGCUGAAGAAGUUCGGCUACACCCACUUUGACGAGGCAUUCACGUCGGCGCUGCAGCGGGCGCAAAAGACGCUUGCGAUCCAGCUGAAGACCAUCGGCCAGGAGAACCUCCCUGUGACCAAGGACCAGGCCCUGAACGAGCGUGACUACGGUGAGCUCACCGGCCUGAACAAGGACGACGCCCGCAAGAAGUGGGGCGAGGAGCAGGUGCACGUGUGGCGCCGCUCGUUCGAUGUGCCCCCGCCGGGCGGCGAGUCGCUCAAGCUCACAGCCGACCGUGUGCUGCCCUACUUUAACGAGCACAUCCUGCCGGCCGUCAAGGCAGGCAAGUCGAUCCUUGUCACGGCGCACGGUAACUCGCUCCGUGCUGUGAUCAUGGCGCUCGAGCACAUGAGCGGUGAGGAGAUCGUCAAGACGGAGCUCUCGACCGGUGUGCCGAUCGUGUACAAGAUCGACGAAAACGGUGAGGUCAAGGAGAAGAAGAUCCUUCAGUAG